AUGAAGACUGUUAUUCUUUUGGCUUUGGUAUGCACAACGUUGGCAUUCAGACGUACUUUCGAAAAUAAGGCUGGACUUCUCUGUGAUUUCUGCGUCAAAUUUGUUUCUGGUAUUGAACAAUUUAUGGAGAACGAAGAAGGUCCUAUUGAACAGUAUGGAGAAAAACUGUGUGACCAAUUGACUCAUAAAAAUGCUUUCCUUGAUCCAAUUUGCAAGCAGCUGGUGGACACUGAACUGCCGAGGAUCGUUCAAUGGAUAGAGGAUAAUGAAAAACCAACGACAGUUUGCCACUUUUUACACCUCUGCUAA